AAAGGAAAGACAGCAUUCAAGACUUCAAGAGGCUUUCAAUUUCAAUUUGCUAAAAAGAAAAUGGUGGAAGGCUAAAAGUGAUUUUUAUCCGGCUUUUCUUUGUGAUUUGUAACUUGUAUUGAUUUUACAAUAUUGUGUUACAUAUUGAUUGUGCUCGAAAACUACGUCAACUUUUACAUGUACUAUGCAACUGUAUCUUAUAGUUAUCAAACAUGUUGUAUGCUAUAUUUAGGAUUAUUGCUGAAUUGCGGCAAAACAUUUUCUAGAUAGUUUCAGGAGAUUUUUUGUACCAGUCGAGCUUUUGAUCUUAUAGCUAGAUAAAUCGUUGCUGUUAGCUUUAACUGCAAGAUGUAUAACAAUUCGCAGUAUCCCCAGGGAUACCACAGCGGAUAUCCCCAAUAUCAGCAAGGAUAUGAGAACUACAACUAUCAAACCUAUGGGCAGACCUACACACCAGCAUCAAAUGUUGCUACCCAACCAGUUCCGCCUGGUGACGGUUUUACAGCCACAAACUGGACUACUACAACAACACCAACUACAUCUUCAGAUAAUUAUACUACAGUCAAAACAGAUGCUGUCGUGAAGGAAAUGGAACAGCAAAAAGCGCAGCUGACCAAGCAACGUGAAGAAUAUGUACGCAAGGUAUCCGUGCUGCGCAGGGAACUGGAUCAGCUGCGCUUGCAGAAAACGCAGCUGAUGGGAAGCAGCAAGUCUUCGGAUAGAGAUAUUUCCAAUAUACUGAAGGAAAACGACAAAUUGCAGUCGGAGAUCCAAGGAAAAAUGAAGGCUAUUCAAAAUGUCAUUGAGAUGCUCUCUAGCAUUAUCAAGGACGGAAAAUCCGUGGCAGAUUUAGAAGCAUCCUUGAACGAAGUCGCUAAUGCUCAUGAGAAUGCGUGGACAGCCACUCCCGAAAAAAAACCGUUCUAGUUAUUCCCAUUUUCAGAAGUAAGGAUUGAGAAUGAAAUACAUGCUUGUUUUUUCAGCACAUAGUUGAAUUUUAUUAUGAUCGUGAGAGUGCCGACUGAAUGUCAAAUGUCUUUUAAUUCCACGAACUGUAUCUGUUGAAGUUGGUAGUUUUUUGAAUAUGAAUUUUCGGAAUGAUUUCCAAAACGUAACAGCGUAUGAUUUGUUAUUUUAUAUGCUUUGACACUGCUGGUUUUCAU